CGAGUGUAUUCAAUAAUCCAAUUUUUUUCAAAGUUACUGGCCAUGGAUCACGGAUUGGAUGAAGUGGAUGCAUUUAAUGCGAAUAAAGAGAAGGUUCUUCUUGAAGAGGCCGGGAAAUAUGGACAGAUGUCCAAUGGAGACGAAUCAUCAGAAGAGGAAGUGAUGGGAUUAGAUGAAGAUGAAGAUGAUGAAGAAGAGGAAGAGGUUGAAUCGGAAGAAGGAGAAGGUUCCGAAGAAGAGGUGGAUUCAGAUAGUAACACUCUUGAUUGGGGUGGAAGAAAAAAUUAUUAUGGAGGAGAAGAAAAUGAAGAUGUCAAGCUUAUGACCGAGGAGGCCAUGAAACAACAAAAGAAACACCUUCAAGACCUUGCCAUGGACGAUUAUGUGGACGAGGAUGUGAUGGAGGAUUGGCAAAAGACCGCCGAGCUGAUGAAGGAGGAUGGAAAGGAUGAACAAAGCUUGUUGGUUCAAGUUCAACAAGGACUGAAAAAUUUGAGUUCUAAGGAAAAAUUGAAAUUAUUAAAUGCUCAAUUCCCCGAGUUUGUGCCGCUUUUAAACGAGUUGAAUGAGUUACAGGUUGUUUUGGAACAGUUGGAGGAGGUUAAGAGUGAAGUCUCACAAGUUAAAGCAAGUGCAUUGCGUGGAUAUUUGGGUGCAGUGACCAGUUAUUUUGCCAUGAUGAUGGAAUCAUUAAAUGGUGAUGAAGGGUUCAGUAGUAUGAAGGAAAGUCCAAUUAUGGAGAGCAUUUUGGGUAGUAGAGAGGUUUGGAGACAAGCCAAUGAGUUGGGUGAUGGAGAAGAAGUAGAAGAAGAAGAAGGAGAAGUAGAAGAAGGAGAAGAAGAAGAUGUUGAAGAAAAUGUUGAGGAUGUUGAAGUUGAGGAAGAAGACUCAGAAAUCUCUGAAGCUGACGCUUCAGAGGAAGAAGAAUCUGGCUUCACCAUCCCAGACAUCUCAUCCAAACGUACCAUCAAAUCAUCCAAACCUAAAUCAUCAGACUUUGCCGAAUCAGCCACCCCUGAUGACGUGGACAUGGAAGAUAAACAACGUCGUAAGAAGACCCUUCGUUUCUACACUUCGAGAAUCGACCAGGCUGCCAACAAGAACAACCAAGAACGAUUUGCCGGUGAUUUGGACUUGCCAUACAAGGAAAGACUCUUUGAAAGACAACAACGAUUGGUGGAAGAGGCCAGAAAGAGAGGUAUGGCUGAGAAGGAUGUGUUGGGAGGCGAUGAUUCUGCUGGUGAGGAUGACUUUGGUAGUGGUGGUGAAGACUUUGCCGAAGAAUUGGAAAGUUCAGGAGAUAAGGCUGCCGAUUCAUAUUAUGACUCCAUAAAGCAAGACAAGCAUAAUAAGAAGGAAACCCGUCGGAACGCCCACGAGCAGGCUGUGCGUGCUGCCAAGGAGGGCAAGCUUCUCGAAGUUCAAGAGAACCUCGGAGAAGACGGGAAGAGAGCCGUCAACUUCCAAAUCCUCAAGAACAAGGGUCUUACUCCACACAGAAACAAGGACAACAGAAACUCGAGAGUCAAGAAGAGAAAGAAGUACGAAAAGGCCCAAAAGAAGCUCAAGUCCGUCAGACAAGUCUACGACGACAGCAACAGAGGACCUUAUGAGGGUGAAAAGACCGGUAUCAAGAAGGGUAUCACCAGAAGUGUCAAGUUGGUUUAA